UACAUUAAACAUUGACUAAAAAUUUCAAGGAAACAUCCCUGUAUUUAGCCCGGCUGACUCCUCCCCCCAGUCGUUACCAUGACGACGACAACAACCAACAAGCCCACCAGCGAGUACAUAGAGAUGGGUCAGGGCGUGCCCUCGUCCCAGGAGAACGCCACCCACGGGCGGGUGAUGGAGAGCAAGCUGGACGACGUCCCGGAGAGGGAGCUGUGGACGGGGAAAGUGGAGUUUGUCCUGGCCUGCGUGGGCCAGUGUAUCGGCCUGGGAAACGUCUGGAGGUUCCCUUACCUGUGCUACAAGAACGGUGGAGGAGCUUUCCUCAUACCAUUCAUCGCCACCAUUAUCUUCGCGGGUAUCCCGAUGUAUUUCAUGGAGCUAGCACUGGGACAGUGGCUCAGUGUUGGUGGUCUGGGAAUAUGGAAGAUUGCUCCAAUUUUUAAAGGUGUCGGCUACGCCUCAGCGGUGAUGGCGUUCUGGUUAAACACCUACUACAUCGUCAUCCUGGCCUGGACUAUAUUCUACUUGGUCCACUCCUUCACCGCCGUGCUGCCCUGGGGCAACUGCGACAACGCCUGGAACACAAAGAAGUGCAUGAGUGUGUACCAAAGGGACAAGAUACCUUUCAACUGUACCACAGGGACGUCGUGGUUCGCCGUCAAUGUCACGAACGAGAUGAACUCUUCAACCAUACCGAAAAUGUACCCCGGGGCCAACUGCACACAGGACUACGACGCGUACAGCUUUGUCUCACCUGUCGAGGAGUUUUGGAGGAUUAAGGCGCUAAAGAUAACCAACGGCAUCAACGAGCCGGGAAACCUACAGUGGGAACUCUCUCUGUGUCUGCUGGCUAUCUGGGUCAUGUGCUAUUUUUGUAUCUGGAAAGGGGUUAAGUGGACAGGAAAGGUGGUGUAUGUGACAGCACUGUUUCCCUAUGUUCUACUCACCAUACUCCUCAUCCGGGGCCUGACUCUACCAGGAGCGGGGGCGGGCAUCAGUUUCUACAUCACCCCCAACAUGCAGAAACUGGCUCAGUCAACGGUCUGGGUUGACGCGGCCUCACAGAUCCUCUUCUCCUACGGCGUUGGUCUGGGCACGUGCACAGCCCUGGGGAGCUACAACAAGUACCACAACAACGUUUACAAAGAUGCUGUGUUGAUAUCCUGCCUGAACAGCAGUACAAGUGUCUUCGCCGGGUUCGUCAUCUUCUCGGUCAUUGGCUUCAUGGCACACGAGCAACAGCGUGACGUCAAACUGGUCGCAGACUCAGGCCCGGGACUAGCGUUUCUCGCCUACCCUAGUGCAGUCACUCAGCUGCCCAUCUCACCGCUGUGGGCCAUUUUGUUUUUUCUGAUGCUCCUCAUGUUGGGGAUGGACAGUCAGUUCUGCACUAUGGAAGGGUUUUUUACCGCCCUUAUUGACGAGUUCCCGCGUCCACUGAGGCGGCACAGAGAAAUCUUCAUUGCUAUAGUGUGUCUCAUCUCAUACUUGAUAGGGCUCUCCAUGGUGACGGAGGGUGGAAUGUACGUGUUCCAGAUCUUUGACUUCUACUCGGCUAGUGGCAUUACAGUACUGUUGCUCAUUUUCUUCGAGUGUAUCGCUAUAUCGUGGUCUUAUGGUGUGAACAGGUUUUACGAUGACCUGCGGGACAUGUUCGGCUUCUACCCCUGUUUCUUCUGGAAGAUAUGUUGGUGUGUCACCACCCCCGCCAUAUGUCUGGGCGUGGUGCUGUUCAGCGUCUUCACCUUCCAUCCAGUCACCUACUCUGGGUACCACUUCCCCACCUGGGCCCACUCGGUGGGCGGGGUCGUGGGUGCCUCCUCCGUUAUAUGUAUCCCAGCGUACAUGGUCUUCAAGUUCUUCAGCACCAGCGGCACCUACAGACAUAGAGUAAAAAUCCUGUUCCGACCCGACACGUCAUUCAGCAGGGGUGCGGACCCCCCACCCUACUCAACAAUACCCAGGACCCUGGGAGACGGGGUCGUUAAGUUGUAAAGUUUGUUGAGAAAAAAAUGUAUGGUUUGUUGAAAAAGUUGUGAAUUUUGUGAAAACGUUAGAAAGUCUGAUAAAAAGUUUGUAAAAUUUGUAUCAAGCCAUGAAGUAAUUCGAUAUCAAGUUUGUAACAUGUUAAAAAGCAAUUAGAUGUCAAGUUUGUAUCUAAAGAUAGAGUUAAGUACUUUGUGAGGCUGAGGCAUUUUAUGCGUGAAAUAUUAUUACGUUAAAGAUAAUUAAUUGGUUGUGUUGUGUUCACCAAUUUUGUGCAGCGUUUCUUAAAGGCCUGGGGAUUGUCAGGUGAUAAGUUGGUGGUCAUUGGAUUAGCUGUGGUCAGUGGAUAAUCUUGUGGUCAUUGGAUUGAAUGGUGAUUAUUGGAUAAGCUGGUGGUGAGUG